AAACUAAUUAUAACGAUCAAGCUAGAUCAAACACGAAAUUACUUCUGUAACUGCACAAUUUUCCGAAUCGUUGAACCAGGAAAAUGGAGUUAAAUUGGUGUUUAAAAACCUAUUCAUAUAACAAGUGAUUUACAUGCUGAUAUGACUUAGUUUGUUAUGAUGAGAUAAAAAGGUUUAUAGUGAAAGACAUGCCAGAAUUUAGAUACGGAUUAAAAGAUCUACCAAGGUAUUAGCCAGUAUUGAUUAGGAGACAGCCGAGAAACAGCAGUAACUUCUAACAACAGCGGCGGAUAUAUCAAAAAAUUAUUAAGACUUUUAAAGAUCGUGAAGUUGUACUAAGAAGUUCUUCAAAAAGAAUAAUAUUGCUGAAAUAAAUGCGUCACCAAGUUAUAUCAGACCGAUUGUGUUUUUAACCAUAUGUCGCGAUUUUCUUGAACAAGAAGUGAUUACAACGUAUUAAUCAAUUGGGCAAGUAAAUGUAUUUUUAUUGGAAAUAGGAGACUUCCCGCUUGAAAAAUUGGACUAAAGUUGGCGGUGCAUGAAUCAAAGGGAUUUUCGAUACUUCAUUAGAAGGAAUUGGUGUGUAUUGAACUUAGGCGAUGGAUCAGCGCUGAAGUGUUAUUAGGUGUUACGAUGUCAAUGAAACAACAAAUAAUGUCUUUAGAGGGAAAUUCUAUUUAUUCAGUAAAAUAUGUUAUGUUGUCAUUCUUUUUUGUUUUAAUUAUUUAUGAUAAAGUUAAUUGUUCAAAAUUUGAUGGAGUUACAGAUGUAAAUAAUAUAACAGUUGGAUAUUUAACAGUUGACAAAACGUUGAACUUUAUGCGAGGAAAGCAAGGUCGUGUUAUUUCUGGUGCAAUUUCAUACGCAUUAGAAUUAAUAAAUAAUGACACAAAUAUUUUACCUAAACAUCGAUUAAAUUUGAUAUGGGGAGACACUAUGGCAGAUACGUUAAUUGGAACUAGACUUUUGACUGACCAGUGGCGCAGAGGGGCAACAGUAUUUAUAGGUUUGGAAGAUAGCUGUAGUGUGGAAGCCAAAGUAGCUGCCGCCUGGAAUCUGCCAAUGAUAUCAUACAAAUGUGCUGAUUAUGAUGUCUCCAACAAGGCAGAGUUUCCUACCUUUGCUCGAACAUUUCCACCUGCAACACAGGUCGCUAAACCAAUUAUAUCACUACUUCUGCAUUUCAACUGGAAAAAAUUCACACUUAUUUUUGGAUCGCUUCAUAAAUCAAAGGUUAUUGCCGAGAAAAUACGGGAGCUUGCAGCUCAGAAUAAUAUAACAAUAAAUGAUGAACAAACGUUCAAUGAGCCUCAUAUACCACUGACUAUGGGGAACCCAUUCCCUGGAAUAGUUGAAAGAACAUUUGUUGAUACGAGAGUUUAUGUGUUUCUGGGCACGUACAACGGAAUAGUUGAUAUGAUGACGAACAUGUAUGAUAGAGGACUGCUCGAUACAGGAGAGUAUGUGGUCAUCUACUUUGAUCAUGAGACAGUAGAUACAAUAGAUCCAUUUAAAUACUACCGAAGAACUUCUGAUCCUCCUUUGACAAAGACCAAUGAGGAGGCGGUCAGAUCGCUACUUGUUAUCACAGGAAGUCCACCAUCAAAUCCAAAAUAUGAAGAUUUCAAGGAAAUUGUUAGUCGUUAUGGGGAGCGAGAGCCUUUUAGCUUCCCUAAUCCUUUCAAUUUUCAGAGAAAAAUAACGGUUUAUGCCGCAUAUCUGUAUGAUGCCGUGAUGUUGUAUGCUAAAGCUGCUCAUGAACACCUUGAAGAGGGAGGAGAUAUUACAAACGGAACAGCCAUUAUACAAAGAAUUCUUGGAAGCAAUUAUGUUGGGAUCCAGGGUUAUAUAUCUCAUAUUGAUGACAACGGUGAUGCCGAGGGUAAUUAUACACUAUUGUCCAGGCAACCAUACAAAACUAACCUGUCAGAUUAUUCAAUGAGGCCAGUUGGACAUUUUGAAAUGGACAAGAAUUAUAACGGUUUACCAGUAUUCAGAGUUUUACCAAGGAAGGACAUAUAUUGGGUAAACGGGGAGCCUCCAAUAUAUGAACCUGAAUGUGGAUACAGGGCUCAAAAAUGUAUUCCGCCAAAAACAUACACCUUAGAAAUAUUAGGCGGGAUUAUUGGUGGAAUAGCGUUGGUUGCAAUCAUAGUGGUACUGAUAAUAUAUAGGAACUGGCGUUAUGAACAGGAGAUUGCAGGUUUACUUUGGCGAAUCAACAGGGAAGACUUAAAAACAUCUGAGUCAAUGUCAGGCAAUGACAGACGCGCGAGUUUUGGGAGCAGGAUGACAUUGUCGCAAUUGUCUGUUGAUUCAAGGAUGUCGUUUACUCAAGUUUACGCACGGACCGGUGGAUACAAGGGUCAAAUAGUUGCCUUGAAGAUGUAUGAAAAGAAAAACUUAUACAUUAGCAGGAAGAUGAAAAAGGAAAUGAAAUUGAUGCGGGAUUUACGUCAUAGUAAUAUAAAUACUUUUCUCGGGGCUUGCAUUGAUCCGCCAGUGUUUAUUAUUGUAACAGAGUAUUGUACAAAAGGCAGUUUACUGGAUAUACUGGAGAACGAGGACCUGAAACUAGAUAACAUGUUUCUGUUUUCCAUUAUGAGAGAUAUUGUACAGGGAAUGAUAUUUCUUCACGACAGUGAACUAAUCUACCAUGGUAAUUUAAAAAGUUCAAAUUGUGUGGUAAACAGUCGAUGGUCUGUACAGAUCACAGAUUUUGGUCUGUUAGAAGUCAGAGCUGCAACCUACAAGAUUGAAGAUGAGCAUGCUUUCUUCAGAAAUUUAUUCUGGAAGUCUCCAGAAUGCCUGAAAUCGUCUGUACUCAAGGGCUCUCAAAAAGCUGAUGUAUAUUCAUUUGGUAUUAUUCUGCACGAGAUUUUUGGCAGGGCGGGACCAUACGGCUUCUGCAACAUGAGUCCAAGAGAGAUUAUAGAGAGAGUGAAGAACGACGGCGUGUUUGAACCAUUCCGUCCUAACGUGAGGUUGUUGUCAUGUGACAGCUUUAUCAUUGAGUGUAUGCAGUCAUGCUGGCACGAAAAUCCUGAUGAGAGGCCGGAUUUCCGUACAAUCCGUAAAGUGUUAAGACCUUUACGAUUUGGAGCAAAACGAAAUAUAUUUGACAACAUGAUGGCAAUGAUGGAGAAAUACCAGAAAAAUCUGGAAGAUAUUGUAGAGGAACGAACUACAUUGCUUAUUGAAGAAAAGAAGAAAACAGAAGGCCUACUUCUAAGAAUGCUACCAAAGUGUGUAGCUGAUCAACUGAAGCUCGGUGAGGCUGUGAUUCCAGAAUCGUACGACUGUGUUACAAUUUACUUCAGUGAUAUAUGUGGAUUUACACGCCUGUCUGCAGAAAGCACUCCUAUGGAGGUUGUCGACAUGUUGAAUGAUCUGUAUACAAUAUUUGAUAAUAUCAUUCGGCAUUUUGAUGUCUUCAAGAUAGAAACUAUCGGGGAUGCAUACAUGGUUGUCAGUGGAUUACCAAUAAGAAAUGGUGAUAACCAUGCUGGAGAGAUAGCGUCAAUGUCACUAAAACUGUUGAAGGAAAUCAAGAACUUCACGGUCAGGCACCGUCCCGACUAUAAAAUGUCACUCAGGAUUGGAAUGCACUCAGGUCCUUGCGUAGCAGGGGUAGUUGGUUUAACAAUGCCGCGCUAUACAUUAUUUGGUGAUACUGUAAACACAGCGUCCAGGAUGGAAACAAACGGAGAACCAAUGAAGAUUCACUGUAGCCAGCAAGUUAAAGAUAUCCUAGAGAAAUUAAGGGGCUACCAUAUGGAAUCACGCGGAAAAGUUGCUAUGAAGGGCAAAGGUGAACUACAUACAUACUGGCUGGUAAAAGAGGAUGAACAUGUUAGACAGGAAAGGAUCAAGAACGCUCCAAAGAUAACAGAAAUUUAUAAAAAUAAUUACUUCCAGCCAGGAACGCCCAAUGUUGCCCAUAGAUGCUUCAAUUCCAAUAAAAUGAAGUCAUCGCCACAAAAUUUCCUCAACAAAACAACGUGUAUCCGUGAACAUGAAGAUAAUCUUAAAGUGCCAGACUCAAAUAUUCUAGAACUUUUACGAGAAAGCGACAAGGCUCAUCCACGAGGUGAUACACAGAUGUUAAAACCCUUCAAUCAUUGUCAAAGGGAAAAUACCGGUAAUACAACAUCUCUUGGAGUAAACAGUAAUCACGUCACACUCAAGGCUCAGCUCAACGGAAUAACGACCGAUCUUUUCACUCGGUCAUCGUCCGGUUCUGACUUGACGUCACCGAAGCAAUGGACGCCACGUGACACGAACGGUAUAUUGAACGACGCCUCUAACGAAUCUGAGUGCUUGUUGAUCAGACAUCAUUCAGUAGGCCACAAACCCAAAUCAAGAUACGAAUUAACGGAGGACAUGUGUAACAACUAUUCAAUGAAAAAUGAUCAAAGGAUGAACAGGGAAGAGGAAAUAUCAAAUACGAAAGUAUAAUAACAGGCAUGUAAAGUGACCCUAUUUUGACCCUUUUACCGUUAUGCAAAUAAUAUUUGUACCAGAACCUUUGUGUUGAUACAUUGUGCCGCAAUAUGGUGAUGUUAUUUACACAAAUGUGUGCGUUUGCUAAAAUCACAUGAAAGGUAGUGUUUUGUUAUUCGUUAGGAUACAAGGAUCUUACAUGUACAUCAUUAACAAUUAUUUCAUAUAUUUGAAUUCCUGUAAAAUAAUAAGAACACAUCAUUUGCUUCAUAUAGGUUUUUUUAUUACAUUCUAUUACUCAUAAAUGACGUUUUGGCUAACAUUAAGAUGAAUUAUAAAUACACUGUCAAUUAAAGAUGAAAAUUCUAGAGUUAAACUAUGUACAUUCCAUUACUUAUAUUUUUACAUUCGAACGUUUUUAUAUUUAAUUCGUUUGUUGUUUUUUUAUUGUUUUUCUCUUCUUAUUCAUUUUUUUAUUAUUUUUUGUUUUUCGUUUUGUUUAUAUUUUUACCCUUGAACAGGAAUGUUUAUAUUUUAUUUGUUUAUUUUUUUAUUCAUCUUUUAUUCUUUAUUUGUCUUUUCAUUUUGUUCUUUUUCGCAAGGGAGGAAUCAUGGCUUGGUUAUUUAUAUUUAUACUUUUGUGGGAGGAGGUGUCAUUCCAUCUUAUACUUGUACAUCUGUGGUAACUGAUACAUAGAACAUUUAUAUAUGUGUCUAAAAGUGUAAGCUCGUCCAUCACAUGACUUGUUAUAUAUUAUUCUUGUUUUGUUUAAAUGAUGUUAUUUAGUAUUAUCUGUAAUAUAACAUGAUAAUGAAUUAUUUAACUGUUGGUAGAUUUACGCCAUCAUGUUACAUUUUGAUACGUCAUUUUAAUAAACUUGAAAUAGUGUGCCAUAACAUUCCCACGAUGUGUAAUGUUUAUCAUUUUUAUUUGUUUGGGUCGUCAGACCAAACAAAUAAUGGUAGCGAAAUUUCAGAGUCUAAUGCUGUUAAUUGCAAAUGCCUAAAGUAGUCCACUUUUUUGAUUCAUUACAGACCGACAUUCCUCACUUACCAGACAGAAAAAAUAUGCUUAAAACCAAUUCAAAUAAUGUUGCAUGGAUUCAUUUCACACUGCUUGCAGAAUGUCAAUAUGUAUGCCUUCGCGCUGGUGAAAGGGCAGUAAUACCAUGUCAUGAUAUAUAACUGUGCACGCGAUAUUCAUUACCUAUAUAUACAACGAUUAAAAGAAAUCUUUAAUGUCAUUAGGGCUUGAAAAGUGAGUGUUUAAAUAUCAAAUCUUAAUCUUCAUAAUUUUCACAUCUGACAUCUGACAAUGGUUCUGUUAACGUUUGCGCUACCGUGUAACUAACAAUCACUCAUGUUCAGAUUUGACUCCAUUAUUCAGAGACAGUGCCAGGUAUCCGUUUCAUGUUUUGGUUUUAUGUUUUCUUGAAAAAUCUCAUACCAAUUUAUUUUAAUUUAAUAUUGGGGUAGAUUCACUUGCGUAGUAACUUUUUUAACGAUAAAUCAUCAACAUUCUAUAGUGCUUCUUCAACAAAGUUGUAAAGUUGAAGGUAAUGUCAGUACGCAAUAACAAUCGUUUUAACUAAAUUAAUAAAUUGUGUCGCUUGUAUGUUCAGGAAAAUGAUAACAAAUCCGAGCAUCUUGCUCAACGUUAACCGGGCAUUCGCCAAUGCUUUUCCAUGACGGAAACAUUUGUCUAAUCAAUCCUCUAUCCAACUCAAACAUACAUUCUAUUAAGCUGACUCUAAGGUUUUAGUAGUGUGACAUAGCUGUGUCGAAAGUUUGAUACUGCUGUCUGUGGCGAUUGUUUUCUUGCGUAUUUAAUAUUUACGUAGGUUGAUAGAAAUUACGAAACUAAUAUCUAAUAAUUAAGCGCGCUUUACAAAAGCGGUAAAAGUAUUUCCAUCUUCUUUUAUAACGACGGGUAAGCAUCACCAUUAACAGAAAACUGCUUCAUAAACCCUAUAAAAUGGCAUCAUACGGUUUAUUCUUACAUCGGGGGUGUAAGAUGACAUUUUAAGCUAACCUUUAUGCCUGACAUUUGUUGUGUGAUAGUUGUUUUAUAUUGUUACAAUCAAUUUUACCUGUAGCCCAUAUAUCACUAUAAAGAUGUCUGCACAGUUCACCUUUAUCUUUUAAUUCUUGCACAAUUUAUUAAAUUCUUUAGCAAAACAUUUUUUUUUUACUUUUAUUAUUUAAUUUACAUUAAAAAGGUCUAGUAGAUGUUCAUGAAACGUACCACUCACAAACACCAGAUACUCUUUGUUAUCGGACAUCUCUUCAGAAAAUUAUAUUAUUGGUAUACAUGUGUGAAAUGCAGAAUUUUAUUUUAUGCUUUCAGUGGAUUACUGAUUUAUCCGUGAAAAUUAUAUUUGAUAAUUUCACAGUGAAAAUUAUCAAAAUAUAAUUUCACACUUUUCAAUGACGAAACUACUUUUUUAAGAUUUUCCCCAUGUGGUACCUCAAUUUUAUUUUUGCUGACUAUUCCGACAAUGCCAGGCUGCUUAAAGAAAAGCAAAGCUGAAAUUGAUAAAUAAUUUGCAUAUCAAAAUUAAGAAAAAGAAGAAAACUUACAGUAUGUCACUUCUAUUCAUUCAAAUUACCAAUCCUCAAAUAUCGUCUCUUUAAUUUUUUGUUUCAUUUUUACAGUCUGAAAAAUACAUUCCUUCAACAUGCAAAACUGCUCUUGAUGACAUUUGGGAAUAUUUAAGUAUCCUACGAGCAAUAACUGCCGUAUGCUUUAUGAAAACUUAAAAAGCAAUGGCAGCUUUCACUCGAAGAAUAUGUAAAAAACCCAGCGUUCGUAAGGCUUCCAAGUUUUCCAAUUUCCUAUCCACUUUUUUGAAUGUUUACACAUCUGUCAACACUUAUUUAUUGUCUGUUACAAUCCUCAAAUAAGUUUUCUUUCUUUUAAAAAGGUGUAUGGCUAACAAAUCCAAAUGAUAUCCCUCUGAAUCAAACACAAUUAUUUUCCUCCAGUGAAAUACACAACUUUAAAAAUGGCGGCCGUUUACAUUUAACAAAGCCAGGUCUAAUAUAAAUUCGCAGUCAGUAACAGAAAUAUGGAUGGAUGGUUGGACUUUUUCUCCUACUAGAAUUGUUUGUUUUUAUUAUUAAAACAAGCGAUCAGACAUAUUUUUUUAAUAAAAUGAAUACUAUCACUACCUUUUAACAUUGAUUGUGGAACUUUUUUUCAGCCCAUGACUUCUUGUAUUUAAUGAGAAAUUCGACUUUUUUUGAGGCUCUCAAUGGGGAAAACAGAUUUUAAUAUUAACGUAAAUAUUAAGGAAAUUUCGUUUUAACCUGUUUUUAAGCAUAAAAUAAAAAGAAAAUUUGUUUGUUUGUUGUGAAAGAUGUAAUUUUAUUUCAUCUCGU